CACCACGAGAGAAUCUGCAGACAGGAAUCAUGGCAUACAAAGGCCCGCCGUGCCAUUCUACUGCUUUGCUUUUCUUCUCUUUGGUGCCUUGGCCAUUUUUUGCUCGGCACCAUGCUUCCAACACUCGGCAAAGGUCGCCCCAGUUGGACGCUGCAAAGCCUUGUGUGUCCAAUAGAUUUUUAGCAAUGGCAUUCAUUCGCACUUUGGUAGGACUCAUAAGCCUGGGCUAUGUCAGCGCACAAGUCUUGAGGUACCAUCCAGUUGAGCAAUAUGUUGGCCCAGACUUUUUCAAAUAUUGGAACUUCUACACCGGCGCAGAUCCGACACAUGGAACAGUAGAAUUUGUGUCGGAGUGGGACGGUCGGCAAAACAAGCUGCUUUCAGCUUCGGAGUCUGGGGUGGUCAUGCGAGUGGACAACACUUCAGUGGUCGCUGGAGAAGGUGGCCGAAAGGCUGUUAGGAUUGAGAGUAAGAACAGCUACAACGGUGGACUGUUUGUCUUGACCCUUGACAACGUGCCCACAGCUUGUGGUGCAUGGCCUGCUUUCUGGAUGUUUGGCGAUGAUGCGCAGCAUGCGUGGCCCCGAUGGGGGGAAUAUGACAUUUUGGAGUCAAUCCACAUGCUGAACUAUGCCACCACUACGCUUCACACAAGGGAAAGCUGUGAUCAGCGUGAAGUGAACAACAACAUCGAUUUUGUGGGGCAAGGCUGGGCCACUGGCUCAUUGGGAACCAACAAGGCCAAGAACUGCUGGGUAAAAGCCCCGCAAGAGUUCAGCAAUCAAGGAUGUGGCCAGAAGCUGCCUGAAGCCUCUUUCGGACCAGCCUUCAACAAGAAUGGAGGAGGAACUUUUGUAGCAGAGUGGGAAAAUCACGAACUUGCAGAGACAAAGCAGCCGAAGAUGAUGCGCACUUGGUUUUUCCCGAAGGGACAGGAACCAAUUGAUCUUGUGGCGAAAGCUCCUCAGCCAGACCUGUGGGGGACUCCAAAUUCAUACUUCACUCUGGAAAAGCGGUGGUGCACAGCCGAUCACUUCAAGAAUAUGAAAAUGGUCUUCGACACCACCUUUUGUGGUGACUAUGCAGGGUCAACAUUUCAAGCCAAUUGCCCCUGGAUCAAACAGAGCUGUGAGGACUAUGUGCGGAACAACCCACAAGCCUUUAGUGAUGCCUUUUGGCAUAUCACGGAGUUGGACGUGUAUCAGAAGAUGAGCAUGGCUCAACUUGCUGCACAAGCUCCACAUGGCCCUGACGUCCCAGUAUUUGUCCUCCAUGAUGGUGAAACAACGCAGGGCAAUGACGGCAAUGGUGCCAGUGCCGCGGUUUCGUGUAUGUUCCUUCUCCUGAUGGGUGGGGCUGCUGGCUCCCUAUACUAUUUCUACAACAGGAACGAGAAGGUGAAAGGAAAAGUUGAUGAGUUUGCAACUGCUGCGCGGCUUCCUGAAGCGUAUAGAUUUGUUGUCGAUGGCCUUGGACGAGCCAAAAUGGCCCUGACCCAGUCACUUCGACAGAGAGGAUGCAUUGGAAGUGGUGAUGAGGCUGAGUCUCCGGGAAACUCCCCUCGCUUGCCAAUCCGCAAGGCAAGCUCGAGGGAAUUCCGAGGUCCGCCUAGCCCACAAGGAGCUGCGCCUCCGCAGAUGAUGUCGCCUACUCUGAGUAUGGGACACCGACCAUCGCUGGCGGGCCAAUAUGGUCAAUCUCCUGGAGCCACGCGAGUGCAUUCAGGUUCGUUGCCUUUCGGUCCCACUGGCAGUUCCAACAAUAGCACCAUGCCGUCAGUG